AAGGAAACCUAUAAACAAACGCCAGUUUUUAUGCUUUUUAAAAAAAAAAAUGAAAUUCAAUAAAGGCAAGCAUGCCCAUCCUCCAACGGAACCAGAAGACAACGUUCCGUAGAAUCACUUCCCGCCAUAAACCAACCACCAUUUGAAAGCAUAUAAGCGAACAAAAGAAGAGAAAGAAAACAUACUUGAGAAUGGCUCAACUUGCAUUGCUACUGCUUUUAUUAGCAAGCCUGAGCAUUGCCAGUAGCUCCUUCACCAAAUCCUGCCACCCGAGUGGCUAUCUCUGGCGAAAGGCCGGUGGCGGAUGCCUCGCCUCAGAUCCCGACUGCUGCCAGCCGGAGAAGAAGUAUCCUAAGUACCUCUGUUCUCCUCCGGUCACCAACAGUACUCCAGCCACCAUGACCUUGGCCCAUUUCUCCACAGCAGAAGACUACCCGACGAGCUGCGACAGUCGUUCUCAUUCAGAUUCUGAGCUCAUCGUUGCCCUGUCAACUGGAUGGUACAACGGAGGAUCACGGUGCCUCAAGAGUAUCAACAUCCAUGGAAAUGGUAGGUCUGUUUUGGCGAAAGUUGUUGAUGAGUGUGACUCUAUGAAUGGAUGUGAUGCAGAUCAUGAUUAUGAAAAACCCUGUGCAAACAAUGUCGUCGAUGCCUCUAGAGCUGUUUGGAAAGCAUUGGGCAUAACCAAGUCUCAGAUGGCAGCUGGUGCUCACAAAAUAAUAUGGUCUGAUGUGUAAUUCCUGCAAAAUGACAUUUGUAGCAUAUGUUGAUAUUUCGUACUUAAUUUGAACUUGUGUGUCCGUGUAUUACUGUUAUGAACAAGAAAAAAACUACUCCGGGAAAACAUUCAAAUCAUAUAAAAGA